GCAUGUAGCCAAUGAAAGGGUAUGUGGGCAUCGAUCGUGGAGGGUAGGAUUGUCUUUUCAUACAGCCCUGUGUCUGGGCGUAGGGACGCCCGACCAGGUAUCGUUCUUUUUCCCUACCUCCAUCCUCCACACUCCACUCGGGAAAAUAGUCGAACACAGAGAAUGCAAAACUGCCGAUUCUAAAAAAUCCUUGCCGAAGAACUCAAAAAUCUUGAUUCGAAGCUUAUGACGAGACCUUUGUUGUAUGGUUCUGCAAAUUUAAUGCGAACCCUUCACCUUCUGAUGCCUUCCAACAUCGUCUCUGUCCAAUUCCAACUAACUGUUUUAAGGAGUACUGACCAACUCCAUUUCUCCACCAUAACUUCGAUUUCCAAAGCCCAUCGGAGAUGCUGUGGCGCAGUCAGAGCUUCCAAGCUGCAUCUUCCUCGAAGUUGCUGUACUGACUCAGUGAUUGUAGCUAAAGAUGGCAAGUACGGGAAUAAACAGGUUAUUAGUAUUACGCCUCAGCUUUACGAUUACAUGUUGGCCAAUAUUCGCGAACCAGAGAUUCUGCGGGAGCUUCGCGAAGAGACUGCUUCUAUGCGAGGGAGUCAGAUGCAGGUGUCUCCUGAUCAAGCUCAACUACUUGCAAUGCUUGUUCAAAUUCUUGGGGCACAGAGAUGCAUUGAAGUUGGUGUUUAUACUGGAUAUUCAUCCUUGGCUAUCGCCUUGGUCCUUCCAGAAUCAGGUCGAUUGGUCGCAUGCGAAAGAGAUGCAAAGUCUCUUGAGAUUGCAAAAAGGUAUUAUGAGCGAGCUAAGGUUUCUCACAAGGUGGACGUGAGACAUGCAUUAGCAGCAGACACUUUAAGGUCCUUAAUUGUGAAUGGAGAAGCUUGCACUUAUGAUUUUGCAUUUGUUGAUGCUGAGAAAAGAAUGUACCAUGAAUAUUUUGAGCUGCUCUUACAACUGGUGAGGGUUGGAGGAGUAAUUGUGGUUGAUAAUGUUCUUUGGCAUGGAAAAGUGGCUGACCCUCUGGUAAAUGAUCCAAAAACUCUCAGCAUAAGAGAAUUUAAUAAAAAUAUUAUGGAGGAUUCUCGUGUUAGCAUCAGUAUGGUACCUAUUGGAGAUGGCAUGACAAUAUGUUGCAAAAGGUGACCUAAUACAGAUAUGCUGGUAAUGUCAAGGUCCUUUGACCUUUUCUCCCAGAGGACCUUGGCUAUGUUUUGCAGCCUGCAAGAGAUUGUUAUUGAUGACAGUGCAUACAAGGGAUGUGUAACAUCCAAAGCUUCCUGAUAACUAUCAUCAAUAAUGGUGGGAUCUCCUGAGUGCUCGCUGUAGAGCUGAUGUGUUUUGAUUUAGUGGGGAGGGCUUUAAUUUCUGGAAAUGAAAAUACAUGAGUAUUCCCUUUCCGUCUUCUGGGAAUGAGAGUAAAAUCUGAUAACAUGAAAUUGUAAUUUUCUGGUGAAGACGGUGUUUCAUCCCAAGUUGGGCAUGCAACAUUAACCAACAUUACAGGGAAGCUAGCUAGCUCUUUUCCUGAUAUGCAAUUCAUUGCUUGCCUUUCUGUAAGUAGAUAUGUAACUUUACUGAAAGAUUCUGAAAUCAUCUUUUCAUCACAUUGACUGUCCUUGCAGGGGUUCUUGUAGGUUUGUCAAAUCAGCCUCUGUAGAAACUUGAAUUUAUAAUGUAAUAUGGACCAUAUUUGCCUGCUUGAAGAGCCUCUAUUUUUUUGGGUGGUGUCAAA